UCGACAGAUGGCACUAGUUCCACACCACAUUCCAGCACAACGCAGCGCUGGGAGACAUUGCCAGUUGGAGUUGAUCGUUGGUGUAAGCACCGACAAGGAGAAUGGGGAACAGCCAAGGUAGCGACAUCAUCGUCACGGUGAAGACAGGGGACAGGAAAGGUUCAGGAACCAACGCCAAUGUGUGGUUUGUUGCAAAGGACGAACAGGGAAACGCCUCGGAUGAGAUCAAGCUGAAUCAGUUCUUUGAACCGAAUUUUGAACGCGGAAAAAAGGAUGUAUUCCAACUUGCUAAGAGUAAAUUCGCGACCUUGACCUCUCCUGUUGACCGGAUCGAGAUUUGGCGAGACUACACCGGCCUGACCAGUACCUGGUUUCUUGAGUCGGUCAUUCUAGAGGACCCGGAUUACAAUGUCCUAUACACAUUCCCGGUGUUCAGAUGGAUUCGCCCAAGUUAUAGAUACGUCAUACAUCAGUAUGAUACGUCACUUCCGCAAGAUGACGUCAGCAGCGAACAGCGGGAGGUAGAACUGGAGGAGACAAGAAGAGCCUACAAACUGUCCACUGCCGACACAACACUCCCCAUACAGGCUGCACAAGUUCCCGAUGAUGAAGCCUUCCCAGAGAAUUACAAGCGUUGUAGCGUGGUGGAGUUGAUAGAGACCCGGGCCCAGCAGCUGAAGAAGGACGAGUGGGCCAGCCUGCAGGAUGUAGUAGGGAUUUACGCCAGUGAGGAAUUCUACAUCCCCAAGUGUCAACUGUUCUGGCAGGAAGACUGGUGCUUUGGUUAUCAACGACUUAACGGUGUCAACCCAACGCUCAUCAAACUCUGCUCUGACAUACCAAAAAAGCUAGCGGUAACUGACGGUAUGAUUAAGCCCUUCCUGGAGGGACAGUCCGUGAAGACGGCCCUCAAGAACAAUAAACUGUUCAUCUGUGACCUGGAGAUGCUGAAAGACCUCGUUAUUCCCAGUGAAGAAUUGACAAUAUGUGCCCCCAUAGCGUUGUUCUACCUGGACAAGAGGGACACUCUAGUGCCCAUUGCUAUCCAGUUGUUCCAACAACCCAAUGGAGAAAACCCGGUAUUCCUGCCAUCGGAUGACCAGUAUACCUGGCUACUAGCAAAGAUGUGGUACAACAACGCAGAGGCCAACCACCAUCUUGCCGUCACGUACAUAGGCACGGCGUGUCUCCUCACCGAGAGUGUGUGUCUCUCCAUGCACCGCCAUCUGUCCAUCUCGCAUCCACUGUACAAGAUGCUGGCUCCCUACUUCACCAACAUCAUAGCAGCAAACAGUGACAUCAUGCAGAACCUCCUGUCAGAUGAGGGCGUGGUCGACAGGGUGACAACUAUCGGUGCCCGGGGGGUCAAGAAGCUCAUCGGGAAGUCACUCGAGUCAUGGCGCUUUAACGUCAACAGCUGUCUACCAGAAGACCUCGUGAAAAGAGGGGUUUCCGACAUCCGCGUCCUCCCCAACUACAACUACCGUGACGACGGCAUGCUUCUCUACUACGCCAUACAGAACUACGUCCUCAAGUACACCAUGGUAUACUACGCUGACUCUGACAGCAUCCAGAACGACACAGAACUACAGAACUGGCUGAAAGAGAUGGCCACCAGCAAGGAAGAUGGCGGCAUGGGAAUAGAGGGCCUGCCUGGGAACGGAAGCGUGUGUAAGCCGGAACAGCUUCAAGAUCUGGUCACGUCAAUCAUCUUCACGUGCACUGCGCAACAGGCGGCGGUGGGCGGGGCUAUGUAUGACACGUACGGAUUCCCGCCAAACUACCCAUUGAAGCUGAGCGGCGCACCUCCAGCUGAUAAGACGCCCCGGGAGGAGUCGGACGUCUUGGCAGCCUUGCAGACAGACACCAGCUGGAAUGAGGGCGUGGCACUGGCACAGGUCCUGUCGGAGACAGUCAACAAGGGCAUUCUGGGCGAUGGGGACUCAUUCUACCUGUAUGACCCCCGGGCUGCUGAGAUACACUCAAGAUUCGUAGCCGAGCUUGAUGAAAUCGGAAAAGUGAUCCGCGAUCGGAAUUCGUCACGUGACCACUCCUAUCACUAUCUGGUCCCGUGCACUAUCUAAUGUCGGAAGUCUGGUGGUGCAUGCAGGAAAAUUAGUUUGACAAAUGAAAACAACCAGACUUGCUGAAUGCCGACUUGAAAACUUGGAAAACAGUAGUAGGAUUGGAAUGUGUCAUUAGUUUACAUUAUCAAUAUCACACUAAUAAAGGAAUAGUUGAACAAGUAUUACUAGAUAAAUUCUUUCGCUUGAUCUUACGAAACGUUGCUUGACAGGAGAUCAACAAUAAUUGUUAGCUAAAUGUGUGUAGUGGUGCUGAAUUCAAAUGUAAUCCAUCUCAAUAUUAAUGUACAUGUAAACAUCGGCUGGCUAUUGGUGUUUAUGAAUCAUAUCCAUACACAUUAUUAUUUAAAGAUAUGAAGUUAUAUUGUCUAUGCCGAUAUAUUAUUUUACAUUGUACAUAUUUCCAAGUAUCUGUGAUCGUAAUAAUAACGAUUUUCUAAUCUUUUUCACUUUAGUACCUUUGCAAUCUUUUAUGUUUGUAAAUAUUUUGCUUGUAUCAAGUGCAGACAAAAUUGCUUUUUAACUAGGCAACGGUUACCUUCGUCCACUAUGUUUACAACACUUCUGCGAGAUAUCGUGCUUUCAGUGCAGUGUUUUUCGCCAUAGUGGUGAAGAUAAAAGCAAAACGAAAGUCGCGGGACCAAACCGCAUGUUCCGAGGCGAUUAUCUCCCCUUUAAAUACUCAAGUCCAGCAUUCAGUCAAUUUCAUAAUUCACUUGUGAUACUGAAUUCCUGCGAUUCUGUCGCGAUGUGUUUGCAAUCAUCGCUCAUUACCUGUGUGUUAAUUUUGGAUUUGAAAACGUAAACUACUUUCCAAAAAUGUAUCCGCACUCGUUCUGUCAAUCUCCUGUAUCUACCCGCGAAUGUUCUGCCAAUCCCGUGUAUCCAUCCGCGUUUGUUCUGCCAAUCCCAUAUAUCCAUCCGCGAUUGUUCUUCCAUUCCCGUGUAUCCAUCCGCGUUUGUUCUGCCUUUCCCGUGUAUCCAUCCGCGUUUGUUCUGCCAAUCCCGUGUAUCCAUCCGCGUUUGUUCUGCCAAUCCCGUGUAUCCAUCCGCGAUUGUUCUGCCAUUCCCGUGUAUCCAUCCGCGUUUGUUCUGCCUUUCCCGUGUAUCCAUCCGCGUUUGUUCUGCCAAUCCCGUGUAUCCAUCCGCGUUUGUUCUGCCAAUCCCGUGUAUCCAUCCGCGUUUGUUCUGCCAAUCCCGUGUAUCCAUCCGCGUUUGUUCUGCCAAUCCCGUGUAUCCAUCCGCGAUUGUUCUGCCAUUCCCGUGUAUCCAUCCGCGUUUGUUCUGCCUUUCCCGUGUAUCCAUCCGCGUUUGUUCUGCCAAUCCCGUGUAUCCAUCCGCGUUUGUUCUGCCAAUCCCGUGUAUCCAUCCGCGAUUGUUCUGCCAUUCCCGUGUAUCCAUCCGCGUUUGUUCUGCCAUUCCCGUGUAUCCAUCCGCGUUUGUUCUGCCAGUCUCGUGUAUCCGCUUUUGUUCUGCCAUCCGCGCUUGUUCUGUCGGUCGCGUAUAUCCAUUCACGCUUUUCUCGUCAAUCUCGUGUAUCCAUCCGCGCUUGUUCUGUCAGUCUCAUAAUAUACAUUCAAUUUGUAUACUACAAGCAGCAUGAAUUUCUACGGUUCUGUCACUGGUGUUUUAUGCUAGCCAAUCGUAUUAAUGCUACAGGGACUGAUCAGAGAUACCAUCCCGGUAUUUCCCUCUCUCACAUCGCAGUGUUAUAAACGUACACAUUCAUUGUUGACUCUGAAAAUAGGUUAAGACUGACUUUGCAAGUGAACAUUUCCAUAACACAGUAUUGUACAUCUACGUAACCAAACAUAUUAUCUUGUUUCAUUGACAUUUGUUUAGUACGUACGUCGUCUUGAUCAGCACAUCAAUUCUUACAGUACAAAGAAAUUAUGCUUUUUGACACAAUCCGUUUAAGCUGGUUACUCUUUAAGCUCCUUAUCGUCGGACAAGUGUAAUAAAUAAAAUAAUAAACAAUAAAAAAAAAUAUAAUAAAAUAAAAGUAUUCAUAAAAUAAUUUCCAAACUGUGUUGACUUUAAUUGUUUAUGUUCACUCUGUUUUGUACAGAACGUGGCUCCUUAUGAUAUUGACUAUAUGUUUGGCCUAAGGCCUUCAUACCGAAAUAAGAUAUCUAUCUGAGAAAAAGGGGUAAAAUUAUUUGAGACUGAAGUUGGUGCACGGAAACCCACAUCCUUUUUCCUUCCCUUCUACAACGUACCAUUUCCGUAUUUUUAGCGUCAAUCCUCGACUGCAGCGACAUUGGGCAUAUGAACUGAGAUCCCCUUGGAAAGAAUGCAGGUCAUACUACUGAUAACAUCUUCGUUCAUUACCAAGAUUGUAUGAGCAUAUCAGCGUAGAAAUCCUUACCUUAUGCUCUUUUUAUUUGGUUCAAGGUUUUAUUAUUGAUUAUGAGUUAUGUUGAAUCUUGUUUUCGUUCAGUUGUAUUUGGAGUAACGACUAAUAUUUUGAAUGUACCUUUGUUGCAAACUCAAAGCAAAUAAAUGAUUGUUCCGAAA